CUGAACCUUGUGUCAAAACACAAGCACUAAAAUCUCAACUCCAUUACUGUGGUUGCUCUGCUUGACAGGGUGCACUCGUCCACUUGGAUUCACUUCCAUUCACGCCCACGUACCAUGACCGAACAAUCAGCAUUACUUCUUCGAAAACAAUUGGCAGAGCUCAACAAAAACCCUGUGGAGGGCUUUUCAGCUGGUCUGAUAGACGACGAUGACAUAUAUAAAUGGGAAGUUGUGAUCAUUGGUCCUCAAGAUACUCUAUUUGAAGGAGGGUUUUUUAAAGCUUACCUAACCUUUCCAUAUGAUUAUCCACUACGGCCCCCAAAAAUGAAAUUCAUCACUGAAAUCUGGCAUCCGAAUGUUGCCAAAAACGGAGACGUGUGUAUCUCCAUUCUCCACGAGCCUGGUGAGGAUAAGUUUGGGUAUGAAAAGCCGGAGGAGCGUUGGCUACCAAUCCACACUGUAGAGACAAUCAUGAUUAGCGUUAUCUCCAUGUUAGCAGACCCCAACAGUGACUCACCAGCUAAUGUGGAUGCUGCGAAAGAGUGGCGAGAGGAUCCAAAUGGGGAAUUCAAGAGGAAAGUGGCACGCUGCGUAAGAAAAAGUCAAGAGAUGGCGUUUGAUUAGGAGUGGAUUGUAAAUUCCAGGUUAAAGGAAAGGCCUCAGAGGGAAAAUUUCAGCAAAAGGCUUUUGCACCCCUUGUUUUGCCAGUCAAAGGAAAUGGUUGGCUUCAACCAAGUUUCUGUGAACAAUUGUCUUUUUUUCCCCCCCGCAAGAAGAACCGAUCUGACGUCCCCCACGACCAGCGAAAAUUCUCCCGUUUCCUACCUGGAAUUGUAUAUUUAAUCUUAUUUAUUUUGAGAAAAGAAAAUGAUGUAAGAUAUGUCACUACUGUAAAUUAACUUGCUUUUUUUAAUCUGCUGCUGAACAGUUUCUACUUUAUACCAGGUUUCUUAUGCAACUUCGUGGUCAAGAUUGUGUAUAACAAACAAAACGCCCGUUACCUUUUAGGUCAGUCCCCCACUUCAUACCAAGUCCCACGUCAAUGUCAGUGUUGGCCAAAUGGAUUUCUGUCGGUAGCUGUGACUAUUUUUAACCCAGUAUCACUCACUGUGGCCUUUUGUUUGUCCUCACAUCUUGUCUUUUAGACUUACACCAUCACUCAGAAAAUCUUUUUUUUUUUUUGUAUUAUAUUUUUAAAGAACCAGGACUCUCAAAGCUGCAUGACCCGCUCCAGCUUUUCUCUGUCACUGCAAGCUGUGGAUGUAAAUGGAAUGGCUUCGGAAGUGCUUUGAGAGUGGUGGUUUUUGAACUAGCCUGGUCACGUGUAGCUAACUAUAGUGGUCUGGACCCUUCAGCCGAACUCAUCAUUUAACUUCUUUGAUUCAGUAGAAUAGGUUUGACCCAUAACCUCCAGUCUUCUAUGGUCAGCAGUGCUCUGAACUACCACUGACUUCUCAAAGGAGGACAACCAAAAACACCUGUGAAGUUAGCCUAAGCUGUGAUUAUUCUGUUUGUGUGUGCUGUUUAGGUGGCAUCUGAACUUACCUCAAGUUAAUAUGAACAGAUCUGAGGAGGAUUCUGGUUGUUGGGUUUUCUUAAUUCAGUUAGGGAUUUUCGGUGGGCUUGUCUGUGUAACUUAUUCACGGCACAUUUGGCUUUUAAUAGCCGAGCGUUGGUCACAUUCUCGCGAGGGAUAUUGGUGAGGAUCAAAUUUCGACUCCCUGCACAUGUUGGGUAACAUGUUUCAUGUGAAUUCAAUCACUCACAGUUUUAUUUUUGCUCAAACUUUUUUUUUUCAUUUGGAGACUCAAUCAAGGUUUUGUUGAGGUAGAAACUGUUGUGUCCACAUUCAUCCAGUAUCAACCUACAAAAUGUGCAAAUGCCAGCUGUGCGGUGCGGUGAGACACGAUCUUAGGUGCGCUGUAGCUGAAAGAAGUGAACACUGAACGUUAUUGCUCUCACAUCUGCUGUCAACGUUACCUGCUUUAUUUAAAGUUGAACCUCUCUUACCCACCAUGAGCUCCUCUGACCGGUGUUCACUGUAUUUGCACAGAUUCAGUGCGUUUUCUCAACGUCACGAAGCAAUACGCUCUGAAAAUGAUGUGUCCAGGUAAUCCACUCUUAAUGCCAUUGUUUUGCUGUUUUUUGUUUUUUUGUUUUUUUUUCAUUUUGUGUCAAUGCAAUGUAUAUUGGACAUGAUGCUCAAUAAAGUGUGUA